GCUGAGGGCCACGAUGCGCCCGAUCCGGUCCCCCUCCCUCCCACUCGAGUCGACUCGGCCGGCCGACUGGCCUCCUUUGCUUGCUCUCAUCUGAAGCCGCAGCACUUGCGCACUUGUCACUGCUUGCGUUCACAUCUCGCAAGGCGCCGCCGAGCUUGCCAAGCAAAAGUUGGCUGUGGGAUCGGACGGAGCGGCGCAACUUUCCCAAUGGACGGACUGACUUUAAACUGGCAGGCAGCAUGAUGAAAAGUUCUUUGCCAGGUGGAGCAAGGGGACCGGAGAGCCAUCAGAACAGUCCAGAGGAAGGCAGUGGCGUCGGUAGCACCCCCCCGAGCGGACCCCCGCUGUGCAAGAUGAACCUUCGGGAGCUCAACGACACCCCCCAAACUCAGCUUUAUCGAGACACACCGUUGAGGCCGGGAGCAGGCGUGACCAUCCCGGUCUACUGCGUUGUGGAGCACGCAGACGUGGCGAGCGACGGCAGGCAGCACGCUCGCCGUCACGCCGAGUUUGUGCUGAUCCCGAAAGAUGUCCCCUUCACACAACUGGUGGAGACGGCGCUCAUGUCGUUGGGCUACUCGCAGGGCUCGGCUGUCCAGGCCCGAGGUGUCAUCAAAGUGGGCCGGUGGAAGCCGAUGCCCGUCCACAACCUGACAGAUGCUCCAGAAGCCACGGUGGCAGACAUGCUGCUGGAUGUUUACCACAUGGUCACGCUACGGAUCCUGCUGCACAGUUUCGCCCGGCUGGAGGAGCUUCCCUCUGAACAGUGGACGCAUGCCACAGUGAGGAAGGCCCUCAAAGAGAUUCUCAGAGAGACCAACCACCACGCUCUGCCCGAGGAGUGUCCGCUCUCCCAGAAUCUGAUUUCUACCAUGGUCAACAGUUCCUACUCUGCCAACAUGUCCGUGUCCAAAUGCCAAGAGUUUGGACGCUGGUACAAACAUUACAAACGCACUCAAGCGGAGCGAGAUUGGGAGCCAAAUACGCUGGACAAGCGUCUUCCUUCUCUUUUCCCUCACCUGGGUGCUGCCGGAUGCUUCCCCAAUCAGCUCAUGGAGGAGCACAACUCCAGCCUGCCGCAUUUCAGCGAUCCUUCGCCCAGCCCCCCUUUGCACGGCGGUCUCCCACCGCUCAUGCGCCAUCAACUCGCCGUGGCGCACCUCAUCGGCCGACAACUGGCCGUCAACCGCCUGCUGUGUCGCCAGCCCGCGUGCGCCAACCGCCCGCCGUGCAAAGGCCCGGCGGAGCCCACGGGAGCCGAAGUGUCCGCCGACAUCUACCGUCGAGUUCGGAGCGAGCUCAAGAGAGCCAGCGUCUCUCAAGCUGUCUUUGCCCGGGUGGCCUUCAACCGCACGCAGGGCUUGCUCUCGGAGAUCCUGCGCAAGGAGGAAGACCCUCGCUCGGCUUCCCAGUCACUCAUUGUCAACCUCAAGGCCAUGCAGGCUUUCCUGGCUCUUCCCGAAGGAGAACGAGACCGCAUCUACCAGGCGGAGCGAGAGAGGAACACUCCGGCAAACCACAACAACGCUCACAAACACGCACAGACUAAAUGCCACGCGGAAACUCCCGUUAAGACGCUUGAGAACAUCACGUCGAGGAUUUACGAGGAGAUCCAACAAGAGAUGAAGAGGGCCAAGGUUUCCCAAUGUCUGUUCGCCAAAGUCUCGGCCAACAAGAGCCAAGGUUGGCUGUGUGAACUCCUCCGAUGGAAAGAGAGCCCGAGCCAAGAGAACCGCACGCUGUUGGAGAACCUGGGCACCAUCCGGAGGUUUCUGUCCAUCCCGCAGGCCGAGCGCGAUCGCGUUUAUGAGGAGGAGGCCAGGCAGCAGCACGGUGGCCCGCGCAUCCCUGAACAUCAGGGACCACCACUGCCAUCUCUGAGAGCUCUAUCGCCUCUUCACGUGCACCCGCAGCCGACAGCUUCACCUCUCGUCAGUGGGUCGGAAAGCGGGCCUCAGCACGGAAGGAGCCCGAGCCUCGGAGAAGCCAAAAAUUCCCGAAUCUCCUUGGAGGCGUUGGGGAUCUUGCAGAGCUUCAUCGGCGACGUGGGGCUUUACCCGGACCAGGAGGCCAUCCACACCCUGUCAGCCCAACUGGACCUGCCUCAGCACACUAUUGUCAAGUUCUUUCAGAACCAACGCUUCAACUUCAAGCGACACAAUUCCAGGGAGUCGGGCCCCGAAGACGACGACCGGGAGCGUCACUCCGAUGAGGGGCGAGAACAGAAAUCCGUGGACUCGAGUGAAGAUGAAAGAGGUUCAGCGUGCGCAUCUGCAACUGAGGGAGAGCCAGAGACAGAUCGAGAAACGGGAAGCGGGUCAGCACCGUCGUCCUUGUCUCCGUAUAGCAACACGGACAGCCCAAAUUCUGCAGGGCAGCGGAGAUGACGGCGGGAGAAAAACUGACCAAACAACCGUGAGAUUUUAAAUCCCGAGUUGUGGUUAUAAUUUACUGUUCCGUCGUUGCUGCAGCAAUUGAGAAACUCAAUCUAAACGUCACUAUUUAUUACAACAUUUAUAUUAACUGGAAUAAAUAAAGAUUUACAACGUU